GUCGACAACAAAGAUCGCAAACGAUCUUGACGAAAUUUCUAAACAUUCCUGUGUAAAUCGUUCCUAUUCCGCCCCGUUCUUCCAAAAUGAUGCGCUUUACCCGAUUUCUGCCAUCGCUCGCACGCCAUCGCCAUUACACGACCAACAUCUCCCAGCCCGUUGCGGUGCGUAUCGUGGAGGUAGGCCCGCGGGAUGGUUUGCAAAACGAGCCCACGAUUCUGCCGGCCGCUGUCAAGAUUGAGCUCAUCAAUCAACUGUCCGAAACGGGGCUGCGUACGAUUGAAGCGACCAGCUUCGUUAGCGCCAAAUGGGUCCCGCAGAUGGGCGAUAAUGCGGAGGUGCUGAAGGGUAUCAACAAGCAGCCGGGUAUAUCGUACCCCGUGCUAACGCCGAACCUGAAAGGAUUCCAGGCGGCGAUGGCAGCCGGUGCCGAAGAGGUGGCCGUCUUUGGAGCCGCUUCGGAAAGUUUCUCGCGCAAAAAUGUAAACUGCUCGGUUGAUGAGAGUAUUGCCCGGUUCCAGGACGUUAUGGAGGCAGCGAAAAAGGCGAACGUUAAAGUACGCGGAUACGUCUCGACGGUAGUCGGAUGCCCAUACGAAGGUAAAAUCAAACCGUCCGCCGUGGUGCGCGUGGUCGAGAAGCUGAUCGAGAUGGGCUGCUACGAGGUGUCGCUCGGCGAUACGAUCGGCGUCGGUACGCCCGGUUCCUUUACCGAGAUGUUGCGCGAGGUGACCAAGAUCGCGCCGGUCAAUAUGCUGGCCGUGCACUGUCACGAUACGUACGGGCAGGCGCUGCCGAACAUUCUCACCUCGCUGGACUUUGGUAUCGCGGUGGUGGAUGCUUCCGUCUCGGGACUGGGCGGAUGCCCGUACGCAAGGGGCGCCUCGGGGAAUGCGGCAACGGAGGAUGUGGUUUACAUGCUGCACGGGCUGGGUAUCGAGACGGGCAUCGAUUUGCCGAAGCUGGUGAACGUGGGCAAGUUCAUUUGUGAGAAGCUUCAGCGCCAAUCGGAAUCGAAGGUGAACCGUGCCAUGAGGAAGAGCAAUCCGAACGCUUGCUAGAAAACGUGCAACCUUAAAGGCUCUGCACACGCGGGUUAAAGUGCAUUUACUAGCUUGUAAGAUUUUUAAAUCCAUCUGAUGGAUGUAACGGCCUAAAACGAACAUCAAAGUUCAAUCAAACAUUUUAUACAAAAUAUUAUUUUUCUACAAAGCAUUUUUAAUGUAAAAAAGAAACGAAUAAAUUAAACCGUAAUAGUCAAACCACAA